GAACAUGCCCUCAUGAUGUUAUAUCAAUAAACUUGCUCGUUUUCGUACUUAUUAUUUCCCCUGCGUCCAUUCAUCAAUUCAUGUUAUCCAUUCCAUCAUGUUAUAAUAUCCAUUCAUAUUAUCCACUUAUCCUAUCCAUGUUAUAAUAUUCCAAAGGCAAAUUAAAAAAAAUCAAGAAACAAUGAAAUUCAUUCAACUCUUUUGCUUCCUUUCUCUCUCAGCGUUGUUCAACACAAAGGCACUACAAGGAGAUAAACCAGAGGCAGUAGUAGACAAACAAGGUAACCCUCUUAAACCAGGUGAAGGUUACUACGUAUUUCCACUUUGGGCUGACAAUGGAGGCAUAACAUUAGGACAAACAAGAAACAAAACAUGCCCUCUUGAUGUUAUCCGUAACCCUGAAGCCAUUGGCUCGCCAGUUUAUUUCUAUGAAUAUGAACAUGAUUACAUUCCAACUCUCACUGAUCUCACCGUUGAGAUUCCAAUAUUGGGUAGUCCUUGCAGUGAGAGAAAAGUGUGGAAGAUUUCAAAAGAGGGAACUAGAGCUAGGUUUUGGUUUGUGAGCACCGGUGGUUUUCCUGGGAACCUUUUUAGCCAGUUUAAGAUUGAGAGGCUUGAGGGAGAACAUGCUUAUGAGAUUUAUAGCUUUCUGUACUGUCCUUCUGUUCCUGGUACUCUUUGUGCUCCUGUUGGAACUUUUGUAGAUACUGAUGGAACUAAAGUUAUGGCUCUUGGUGCUGGUAUUGAAGAACCUUAUUAUGUUAGAUUUCAGAAGGCUUCCACUUUUACUCAGAACAAGAAUCAAGAUUUCAGCGGUGUCUAGUUUGGCACAUUGUAUUUGUGGUUAGAGAGUACUUGUUAUGUUUUAAGAUUUGCCACCCUUUCUUGUCAUAAGUGAAAUGAAAUUCAACCUUUAUGUCUAA